CAACGGAGUGCAAGCCACAUGGGCCAUCAAUGCAUCAAGCUUUCAAGAAGUAUCACGGUCAUUGUAUUCUGCCCGAGGGUAUAUAUAUUAAUAUCGAAGGAAUUGAUGAUUUCGUGUCCUCCUGGCCAGUUCAUUGUGAUAUACCUCAUUACUCAAAAUACUAAUUUCUAGCUACCUGCACAUGGUUUUAUGCUACCCCGUCAUAUCAUUCUCUACUGCACUACUCCGCUCAUUUUAUUGCCUUUCGGCAGGAGUUAUCUGAACUCUGUCACGCUCGUGUCACACAAUCUGGUCCUGGCACGUCGGGGCUUCUGCCGGAUGAUGGGUACGUUCUAACUUCUCGCCGCGCAGUUCCGUCACCCAGUUGCUUCAUCCAGCAUUGGUCACAUCCAGCUGUAAUCAAAUCGGUACCGUUCUUCCUACGUAUCGAUAAGAGAUGCAACCCCACAUGCUGCGUUAUCUCCCUCCCCUCAAGGAUGCCCACUCUCAGCGAUCCAAAAACGGUUGACGCCGUCGUCAUGAUCGAUGACGUGUCCGCUGGUGUCCGCUGUCAUACUCGUGAUGACCUUGAGAGGAGAUUGUUGAGGAAGCUCGAUUUGCGUAUGUCCAUAAUACUGAUUUUAUAUGCCUUGAACUUAAUUGACAGAACCAAUAUUAGCAACGCUCGGUUACAAGGUUUUGAGAAAGACCUGCACUUGCAUGGGGAACAAUACGCCACAACUUUGUCCAUCCUAUCUGUUGGAUACAUUACAAUGCAAGUGCCUGGGAAUAUGAUCCUACACUGGCUGGAGAGACCUUCUGUCAUCCUUCCGUGCUGUAUGUUAGUAUGGGGUACAAUAUCAAUAUUGUCAGGGACCACAACAAAUUAUACUGGGAUUGUUGUCGCCCGCUUCUUUCUUGGCCUUGCUGAAGCUCCCUUCUUCCCCGGUGUCGUAUUUCUUGUAUCUAAAUGGUACAAGCGAGACGAGGUCGCCUUGAGAAUAGCUCUCGUUUCUAGUGGAAUUUUCCUCAGCGCUGCGUUCGGAUCGCUGCUUGCAUCUGGUAUACUUCACGACAUGCAGGACAAACUUGGUCAAGCCGCAUGGAGAUGGUUAUUUUACAUCGAAGGCGGAAUCACCAUCUCGGUCGCGAUCUGCGCGAUGUUCAUACUCCCUGAUUUCCCGUACAACACCAGGUGGUUCACCCCGGAGGAAAGAGAACUCGCUAUCUCUCGCCUCGCAGAAGAUGAUCAUGAUAAUGCUGACGAACUUGGGAAACAGACGACCAUGCAAGGACUGCGGGAUGCCGUGUCUGACUGGAAGGUGUGGUUCUUUUCAUUUGCAACUAUGUUCCAGAUAGUGGGGCAGUCUUUCGGCGGUUACUUCCCAACGCUGUGCGCGACACUGGGAUAUGACACAACUGUAACGCUGUUGCUUUGCGCUCCUCCGUGGGUGUUCGGGGGUAUGAUCGCAUUUGCUCUUACAUGGUACUCUGACAAGAAGAAAAAGCGUUACCAAUGCUUCAUGGUCUCCAAUGCACUCUGCAUCCUUGCAUUCAUCAUAUCAAUCUUCACGAUGGACAAGGCUGCGCGCUAUAUUUCACUGUUCCUGAUGGCUCAAGUCAUCAGUGGAUACUUGCUGCUCUUUGGAUGGAUCAGCAAUACUUUCGCCAGAGAACCUGCAAAGCGCGCCGUUGCUAUCGCUCUGAUGAACGCACUGGGGCAGACAGGCAGUGUUAUUGGAGCGUACAUAUGGCCGUCGAGCUGGGGCCCGACAUAUCGUUAUUCCUAUGCCAUCUGCAUCGCUGCACUCGGAGUGUCGACAGGGAUGUUUGGUGGUAUGUAUUUGUAUCUGAAGCACUUGAACGAGCAGAUCGAGAGGAACGAGCAGGAUGUGAACGAUAUCAAUGAGCUUCGAGAUCCGAUUGGUUUUAGAUAUCUGGUGUAGUUGAAAACUGAAAUAUCGAUAGCUUCUGACAGUACCACUUACACCGACUCGCUGUUAUUUAUCCGGACAAUCAUAAAUUCAGGUUCUGUGCUAGGUAUGACAUUGACAAGGAAUCAAGGAAUUAAAUAAUCAAAUUGUACACCGGGCACCCG